GUGUCAUCGUUGCUCUAUGUCACACACCUUAGCCCACACCAGACCACUUCUCUCAUGACUGGAAAACUCUCCUACAACCUCAUCCACCACUGAGUGCAAACUAUACACUAAGGAUAAUGUUACGCUGUUCGAAGUUUGCAGUUGUCCUCUGUCUCCUGCAAGUCCUCUGCAUUACUGCCGACAUUGACAGUGGCUCCUUCCUGAUCUUCAACGAGAACCACAACAAGUGCAUAAAGGUGGAGAGUGCCACCUCAUUAACGGUGGCCCCCUGUAAUCCUCAUGCCAAAGAACAGCAGUUUCGUUGGGCCUCUGAAUCGCGCGUCCUCAGUCUGUCCCUCAAGCUCUGUCUGGGGGCCACAGAGAUUAAAGACUGGGUGAAGGUUGUCCUCUUUGAAUGUGAUGAGAAAAGUGACCUCCAACAUUGGCAGUGCAAGAAUGAGACUCUCUUUGGCCUAAAAGACCAGGACCUGCACUUAAACUGGGGCAACCGCAAUGAGAGGAGCAUAAUGAUCUACAAAGGCUCAGGGCUCUGGAGUCGCUGGAGGAUAUUUGGCACCCGGGGUGACCUUUGUUCGAAGGGGUAUCAAGAGAUUUUCACGAUAGGGGGCAAUGCCUUUGGAGAAGCUUGUCAGUUCCCAUUUAAGUUUAUGGAGAAGUGGUACGCUGAAUGCACAAAGGAUGGUCGCCCAGAUGGCCAGCUGUGGUGUGCAACAGAGAGAGAUUACGAUAAAGAGAGGAAGUGGGGCUUUUGUCCCAACAAAGCAUCCUCAGGUUGGGACACUGACCCGGUCACAGGGGUUCAGUAUCAGAGGAACGCACAGUCAGUGUUGACCUGGCAUCAGGCCAGGAAGAGCUGCCAGCAGCAGGGAGCCGACCUCCUCAGCAUUGUAGAGCUACAUGAACAGUCAUACAUUUCAGGGUUGACAAAUACUUUGGGAACAUCUCUGUGGAUUGGACUGAACAGCUUGGAUUUUGAGAGUGGAUGGCAGUGGAGCAACGGAAACCCAUUCAGAUAUUUAAACUGGGCCCCAGGUCACCCCUCAUCAGAGCCCGGGCUUACCUGUGCAACCCUAAAUGCUGGAAAAGCCUCAAAAUGGGAGAGCAGCGCCUGCACCAAGAAACUUGGUUACAUUUGUCGCAAAGGAAACUCUACCAGUCUGCCCCCACCACCAAACAAAGACCAGCCCAUCUUCUGCCCCAGUCACUGGGUUCCAUAUGCAGGUAACUGUUACUACCUGGAGAGGAGUAAAAAGAUGUGGAGAGACGCUUUGGCUGCAUGUCACAAAGAGGGAGGAGAUUUGGCCAGCAUACAUAAUAUAGAAGAGCAGAGCUUCAUAAUAUCUCAAUCUGGAUACUUGCCGACAGAUGUGCUCUGGAUUGGCUUGAAUGAUCACAGGAACCAGAUGCUGUUUGAAUGGUCUGAUCACUCCCACGUUACCUUCACCCAGUGGCAGACUGGUGAGCCAUCUCAUGCCACCAACCUCCAGGAAGACUGUGUCGUCAUCAGAGGAAAGGACGGGAGAUGGGCUGACCACAUGUGUGAGAAGACGUAUGGAUACAUAUGUAAGAAGAAGGCCUCGACUAAACCAGCUGACGGUGCCCAAGAGGAAGCCAACCCGGGAUGCAAGCUUGGCUCGAUCAGGUUUGGUUCUUAUUGUUACAACAUUGGAUCUGAGACAAAAACUUUUGAUGAGGCAAAGCGGGCAUGCUCAGAGGCUGGCGCUCACCUGGUGGAUGUGGCUGAUAGAUAUGAGAAUGCCCUCUUGGUCAGUUUGGUGGGUUUAAGACCAGAGAAGUAUUUCUGGACAGGUCUUUCCAACACAGAUGACAUAAACACUUUCAAGUGGACCACCAGAAGAAAAGUCACAUUCACUCAUUUCAAUGUGGGCAUGCCAGACAGAAAACAAGGAUGUGUUGCCAUGACAACUGGGGUUUUUGCUGGAUUAUGGGAUGUUGUCAGCUGUAGCAACAAAGAGAAGUAUAUCUGCAAGAAACCAGCAGAGGGUGUACAGGUGACAACCGUUCCACCCACCACCCCAGCCCUGAGCUGUGAGUCUGGUUGGACCCCUGCUGCCAAAAGGAACGUCUGCUUCAAAAUUUACAAAAAAGCAAAGGGCCAUAAGAAGACUUGGCAAGAAGCGCAGGACUUCUGCAAGGCCAUUGGUGGGGAUCUGAUGAGCAUACACAGUAUGCAGGACCUGGACAACACGCUGUUUCAUUCCUCUGACCCAGCCUGGAUUGGCUUCAGCCUGGGUACCAAUGAAGGUUUUGUCUGGAGUGAUGGGUCGGCUUCCGGCUUUGAGAACUGGGGCUAUGGUGAACCAAACAACCACAAUGACAACGAGCACUGUGCAGAAGUCCAGCUUUACUACGGACGGCACUGGAAUGAUCGGCACUGUGAGGCCUACAAUAACUGGAUCUGCCAGAUACGCAAAGGUGUGACUCCCAAACCUGAGCCUGCCAUAGUUGCAGAAGUAUACAACACCACAGAAGAUGGCUGGAUAAUAUACAAUGACACACAGUAUUUCAUCAACACUGACCACCUAGAUAUGGAAGCUGCUAGAGCUUUCUGCAAAAAGAGCUUUGGUGAACUUGUGGUCAUCACAGGGGAGAGUGAGAGGAAGUUCAUUUGGAAACAGAUAGCGAAAGGCACAGAAGGGCAGUACUACAUUGGCAUGACAGUGAAUUUGGAUAAAUCAUUUAGCUGGGUGGACGGCACCCCUGUAACAUACACUGCAUGGGAACAGAAUGAGCCCAACUUUGCUAAUAAUGAUGAAAACUGUGUGACUUUAUACAAGAAUAUGGGGUACUGGAAUGAUAUUAACUGUGGUAUAGAGCUACCUUCUAUUUGCAAAAGAAGCAGUAGUUUUAUCAAUACAACAAUGGCCCCAACUACGGUUCCUAAAGGAGGAUGUGCACCAGAGUGGCUACCUUUCCAAGGAAAGUGCUACAAAAUUGUUGUGGGGAAUGACAAUAAAAACUGGCAGGAGGCCAGGACGUACUGCAUAAAACAGGGAGGAAAUCUGGUUUCUAUCCUCAACGAGAGAGAGCAAGCAUUCCUAACAACACAGAUGCUGACAUACAAUGACGAUUUUUGGAUCGGCAUGAAUGAUGUCAACUGGGAGAUGCACUUUGUGUGGACGGACGGCAAAGGCAUUUCAUACACCAACUGGGCAAAGGGGCAUCCAACAACAGUGCCUGAUGGACGUUAUUCAUUUAUGGAUGAGACGUUUGACUGUGUGAUUAUGGUGGGCAGCACCUCCAAAUUAAAAGGAUUCUGGAAGGUGGACGACUGUAACUCAGAACAAGGCUUCAUCUGUAAAAGAAACAUUGAUUCUCAGAUUGUACUCCCACCCACAACUGUGUUACCAAAGGCUUUCUACAAACUUGGCAAUGACUCCUACAAACUGGUGGCCCAGAAGAUGCGAUGGGAUGAGGCGAGAAGGCAGUGCCAAGCAGACGAUGCAGAUCUGGCCAGUAUCCUGAACCCUGUAGCCCAGGCAUACAUCACCUUGCAGAUUUCCAAGUACAACGAGCCUGUGUGGAUCGGCCUCAACAACAAUGUGACUGGUGGGCGGUUCAAGUGGGUUGAUAAUUGGCUGCUGUCUUAUACUAGAUGGGGCACAGAUGAGCCUAAAAACAAUUAUGGCUGUGUGUAUAUGGAUGUGGACAAAAAAUGGAAGACUGCACUAUGUACUGAUACCUACUAUUCCCUUUGCAAGAGGUCACCAGACGUAGCUCCCACUGAGCCACCUCAACUCCCCGGCAACUGUCCAGAACCAAAGAAGCGAAAAACCUGGGUACCUUUCAGAGGCCAUUGCUAUACCUUCCUCAGCUCAUUGGUGGACAACUGGGCCCACGCCUCAGUUGAAUGUCUGAAAAUGGGUGCUUCUCUGGUGAGUAUCCAGGACCCUCAGGAGGGUCUGUUCAUACAACAGAACGUGGAGCUUCUACAGGACGGCGCCAAGUCCUUCUGGCUCGGCCUCUACAAGACUCAUGAAGGUGAGUGGAUGUGGAUUGAUAACAGUGUUGUGGACUACACCAACUGGAAAACAGGGAUGCCAAAGUCAGACUCAUGUGUGGACAUCAAUUCUGACAGUGGACAGUGGAGUACAACCAGCUGCAGCAGAUAUAGGUCUUACAUCUGCAAAACACCCAAAGUUAUUGCACCCACAGAAAAGCCACCAUCUGUUGCCCACGUCGUUAAAGAAGUUUCUCAUGGGUCUGCUGGCAUCACUGUGGCUGUAGUACUAGUUGCAAUCGCCAUAGCUGGACUUGGUGCCUUCCUCCUCUUCCGUAAACGGAUAACCACCCCUGUCUUGGGAGACAGCACCUUUGACAACAAGUUAUACUUCAACAAUCCAAUCCGAGCCGCUGUAGACACCAAGGGUCUGGUGGCCAACAUAGAGCAGAAUGAACAAGCAUAGAAAGACAUGAAAUCAGUGGUAAUCAGCACUAUGAAAAUUAUAUGAUCAGAGUUUUUGAUUUUGGUUUCAUACUUUAUUUCUAAAGUAUAUCACUUUAAUGGGAACUGAAUCUCAGCCAAACCCUGUAGUGUUUUUCCAUUUAAAGAGGACCGGAUCAAAGAUAAUGAUUCAUAAUUAUUAUAUAAUAAUUCAUACAAGCACUGGCACUGCACUAAGUGUAUUAGGGACAGGAUAAUAUAAGCAAACAAUCUAUAACAAAUUUAACAUGAUUAUGUGAUUUGUGAAAUGUGUACAGAUAAUUUUUUACUUUUACCAAUCAACAUAACGUUUGUAGACGAAACUCAACUAAAAAUCAAGAAGGGUGAAGAUCUUUUAUUCAUCCAAUUAUUCUGAUUUUUUAAAACUGGGUUGUUUGUUAUUAUUCUCCAUCAGCCUAUUCCUGGAUUGUGACAUUGUAAAUAGAUGCUCAAUAAAAGAAAUUAAAUGAACAAAACUGAA